AUGCGCGAAUUGGUGCUCCUACUAUUUGCUAUCAUUUGGAUAGUAGAACCCUCCAGCCGCGCCCAGCUCCUCCCCAAAUCGAUGCGAACGAAGCUGUGCGAAGUUGAGCCCGACUCCAAGCUCUGCCAGCCGUCACUAAAUACGAUCCUCCGCGACCAACUCUCCUAUUCCCGAUGGUCCAUUUGUGAUUCUCGACCAUUCCUCCGACUCUGCCGAUUUAAACCCGGAACUUUUGAUGAAUUUGCUGAUGCUAUGAAGCAACAGCAAGACAAAGCCGAAAAACAAAUCAUCGUCCUGCGAGACCCUCACGGAGCGGAAGAAAAUCGAAUCGAGAUUGAUGUGACCCCGUCAAUAGCCACUUCCCCGCCAUUUGCCAUAGACCCCAAUAUAUUUGGGCAA